CGGUAAUCGAUCGAAUACAAUGGAGCCAGGCCGUCAUUUUCGGAGCGGCAAGUUGGAAACUUGACACAGGGGCUGACGGCUUAAAUAAAUCAAAUUCAAAAAUAUUUCUUAACAAACAACUGCCACCUCAAGAUACCCUAGAAUGCCUGCGAAUGGAAAACGAGCACGCACAAUUAGUUUGGAGAAGUCAGAGGAAGAGCAAUCAAUGAAUAAGGCAAAGAAGCUCAAGUUACUCGCCUCGCAUACCCUUGUAUCCCCUUUUCCCAACUUUACACAUCCCACGAGAUCCGAGACAUUCGAAAUUCACCGUAUAUUGUCAGAAGAACACCCGUCAAUCGUCACAACUCACAGAGCUCCGUCCGCAUCGAACAACUCGGCCAAAACUUGUGGCUCUGUGCCGAACGUCCUCGAGUCGCUCAUUGGCACGAUUUUGUCUCAGAAUACAUCCGCGCGUAAUUCCACCGCAGCGAAAAGAAAUUUGGAUGAAGUAUUCGGAAAGAAUAAUUUCGAGGUGAUAGCCACGGCUCCAAAGGCGGAUGUUGUCGAGGCAAUUAGGAGUGGUGGGUUGGCGAAUAAGAAGGCUGACGUCAUACAGAAGAUCUUGAAGGAGGUGAAAAAGAGACACGGGACGUACUCUCUUCAACACCUCGCGGGAAUGGUGGAGGACUCCAAAGUUAAUGACGUGAAGGGAAAGGUGAAGCCAAUCUCGAACGAGGAAGCCAUGCAGGAGCUGGUAUCCUUCGAAGGUGUCGGGCCAAAGACCGCGUCUUGCGUAUUACUCUUCUGCCUGGGACGGUCAUCCUUCCCAGUGGACACCCACGUCUUCCGACUUUCCCGGCUUCUGGGUUGGGUGCCACCGAAGGCGGAUAGAGUCACUGCUCAGGCACAUCUAGAUCUUAUGAUCCCAGGUGAACUAAAGUAUGGGCUUCACGUCUUGAUGGUUGGGCACGGGAGGAGGUGCAAAGGGUGUAAGGCUGGGCCCGGAGCAAAAGGUGACUGUGUAUUGAAGACUUGGCUUAAGGAACAGAAAGAUUUCAAGACGGAAGACGUAGAAGACGCGGUGCUUGAAGCAGAUGUGGAGAUGAAACGUGAGCUCGCAUGAAGGACUUUAUACCUCGAUUAUCCCACUAGGAAGUUGCCUUAGUUCUUGAUCUCGCAAGCCAUCUUAGAGAGAUACAGUAUCAUGAGACGAAGGUAUCCAUUCGCCACUACGAGGAAGCGUAAAAACAAGGUUACUGCCAAAACUGGACAGGACGACAACAUCGUCGCGCUACGGCACCUCGGCAGACACGAUCACGUGCGGAUACGUGACAAAGGUGCGACAGACUUGUGAAGACAACCGUCUUCGUAAAUCCUCCCAGUUCUCUUCAAAAACUGGCGUUGAACGUGUAUAUAAAGCUCAUUUGCAUUC